AUGCCGGAGAUAUCGGCCUUCCUCGCGGCCAACUUCCAACUCUUCCCUUCGUCCUUCCCUUCUAUCUAUCUAGACGCUCUACAUCUAGACGCUCUACAUCAAGGAGAAAUGGAUUCGUCGACCGACCGGCCGGUCCGCAAACGCCGACGCCCCGCCUAUUCGUGCUCCUCGUGUCGUCGGCGCAAAGUCCGCUGUGACCGGAUGAAACCGUGUGGACAGUGCAGUGCCCAGGGGAUCGCCUCGUGCAGCUACGAGGAGCGUGGAUCAAAGGCUCAGCCUCGAUCAAACAGGCGGCCGGUGCAGAAUGAAAGUCCUCGAGGAACAGAAAGGAGUUCUACUCUCUGCAGUACGCAGCAGGGAACCAUUCGAGGGAUGGUAUCCAAGACGCGAGUCUACGGACAGGGGCACUGGAUGAACGUGGUUUCUCUGGCGGAAGAACUGGCUUCUCUACAGCCGGUGGGUGAAUACUACGAAGCGAUCUUCGAUGGACAGAAUGAAACAAUUGCGGAAUGCAAACGACUGGCACGGGUGAUUAAGGCGCAGCGUCCGAGUCGAAAGACUGUUCCCUUGGAAGAGAUUCAUCGGUUCUUCCCUUCGCGUGCCGUGAUGGAUGCCCUCGUCGAGACAUACUUUUCAACCUUUGAAUCCUGUUAUCCGAUCCUUCACCGGCAGACGUUCAUGGGGGAAUACGAAAAGUGUCUAGCUCACUCUGACGCUGCGGAAGGCGAGUUCCUGCUCCAGCUGCUCCUCAUCAUGACUAUUGCAGGCCCCAUGCACAGUGACCCGGCCGUGUGUACCGAGAUUGCGGGCAAUUCCCGCGUCUGGAUCAAUCUCACGCAGGACUGGCUGUCUGGUCCUUUGGAAAAGGACCGGUUGACCCUCGCGGGUCUGCAGCUACAUUUUCUACUUUUAUUGGCCCGGCAGGUUGUCCAAGUCGGUGCAGAUCUGGUCUGGAUCUCUGCCGGCUCAUUGAUCCGCAUGGCGAUGCAGAUGGGCCUACACCAGGAUCCUCAGCUUCUGGGAGGAGAGAUGGAUGCUGUGCAGGCAGCGGUGCGCCGCCGGCUGUGGUAUACCAUUCUCGAGAUGAACGUGCAGGCCGCGUUGGAUUCAGGCAUGUCGCCGAUGAUCAGCGUGGAAGACUACACGGUCGCCAUCAAUGAGAAUAAUGAGUGUGAUAGAGAGACCGGCUUCAUUUCCCUUCAGCCAGUGCUGGCAAAGUCUCUUCCGCUGCGACUGAAGACUGUGAGAGUCAUCAACAGCUUGCACGAGGAACCAUCUUACGACCAGGUACUCAGUCUCGGAAACGAACUCUCUGCCGCAUGCCGCGAGGCGUCUCUUGCUAUCGAAACUGCAGCAUCUAACGCGGUAUCGUUUGCAUCUACAUUUUGCAACCAUUUGCUCCGCCGCUUCGUUCUGUGUCUUCACUUUUUCUACGCCAUCAAAGCCAGAGUCAACCCCUUGUACAGCCACUCCCGCACCGUCUGCCUGGACGCCGCUCUCGACCUGGUCUCCCUACUUCACGAUGCGCGCUACAGCCGCAUCCUGAUCACUGGCGGAGGUAUGUUCCGUGACAUCAUCACCCGCGGAGUCUUGGCUAUUUUUCUAGAAUUAGGUGGUGAGGACACAGACAAGGGUGCGUCGCAGUAUACGCGAGAACGACAACGGUCGAUGCACGGAUACCUGCUUCGAGACGCGCGGACAGUGCUUCAAUACGCACGCGAACGUAUGAACCACGGCGAAACAAACGUCAAAACGUACGUGUUCCUCAGCAUGCUGAUGGCGCGGGCGGAAGCAGGUACUGGUUCCGUAGACGAAGCUGUCAAGAGCGCCCUACACGCCAGUCUACAAACGUGUCUUGAUAUGCUGGAACGGGCAGCCAAUACGAUUCCAACCCUAGACUGGAUCGAUUUUGAUCUCGACUUUGACAUGGAUAGUUUGCAUCCCAUCGCUUUAUAA